AUGCAGUGCAAGUGGAUAGUGACCGGGUGUCUAACCCUUUUAUUUAAUUGGACCUCAUGUCAAGAGAUUAGCAAUUUAACAUUUCCAGAUUCAUUCUUGUUUGGAGCGGCCUCAUCGGCAUACCAGAUCGAGGGAGCCUGGAAUGAAUCCGGCAAAGGUCCAAGCAAAUGGGACUUUAUAAUACAUGCUGUACCGAUAGUCGUUGACGGAAGCAACGCUGAGGUAGCAUGCGACUCCUACCAUAGAUACAAUGAGGACAUUGCUGCUCUAAAAGAACUAGGUGUAAACUACUACAGAUUUUCUAUAGCGUGGCCUAGACUUUUACCACGCGGAUUUUUAAACGAAAUUAAUCCAGAUGGAGUGCAAUAUUACAACAAUCUUAUAGAUGGAUUACUGGCAGAGGGAAUAGAACCAUGGGUUACAAUAUUCCAUGCCGAUACACCAUUUCCAAUAUACUAUUUAGGAGACUGGAACAACGCUAACAUUGUGGAGUACUUCACGGACUACGCCGACUUGUUAUUUCAACUGUUUGGAGAUAGAAUUAAAACAUGGCUCACUAUCAAUGAGCCUCUUAUGUAUUGCGCCACUUUUAUCAAGAAUGCAGUACGUUUUUUGGGACAAGUGAGCGUACCAACUGGUGUAACGGAAUACUUAUGUGGCCAUAACGUUUUAAGGGCACAUGCGAAAACGUACCGACUGUACGAGGAAAAGUAUAAAUCAUCUCAAAAAGGUAGAAUUAGUAUUGUCCUAAAUACCGACUUUUCAAUGCCAGCAAGUGAUUCCGAAGCAGAUGUAAAUGCAGCUCAAACGAAAAGAGACUUCGAUUUAGGAUGGUUUCUUCACCCUCUAGUGUACGGCGACUAUCCUCAGAGGAUGAUUGAUAAUAUAGGAAACCACAGUUCCGCCCAAGGAUAUCCGUUUUCUCGUUUACCAUCGUUCACUGUUAAGGAAAAGAAAGACAUUAUAGGCGCUUACGAUUUUAUAGCGAUAAACCAUUACACCAGUGAACUUACCGUGCCCAAUAACAGCUCUGGGAUAACCGUAUCCAGUUACGACGAUGACCAUAACAUUGCUACAUUCAAGGACCCUUCUUGGGCGGGUUCGGCGGCAAGCUGGUUAAAGGUUUGUCCACAAGGAUUUCGAGAGAUGUUGGUAUAUUUAAAAAAUCAUUACAAAAAUCCCGAGAUUGUCAUCACCGAGCAAGGAUAUGCAGAUGAACCAAACACAUUGAACGAUAUGGAAAGAAUAAAUUAUUACCGGUUGUAUCUUAAUGAUGCCCUGAAGGCCAUUUACGAAGAUGGAGUGAAACUUACUGCAUACACGGCCUGGAGUUUACUAGAUAGCUUUGAAUGGGACAGUGGAUACUCGAUUAGAUUUGGACUCUACCAUGUAGAUUUCGAAGAUGGACGCAGAACAAGAACUCCCAAAGAAUCAGCAAGAUUUUAUAAAAACGUAAUAUCUACAAGAAAAUUGACUGACCUGUAAUUGAAAAUGAACCUUAAUGGUAAUUUGUAUCAACGUCAGAAGUGGAAUAAAAAUUAUUUGAAGCACUUUAUUUUUAUAUUAUUUUCGAGGCCAAAAAUUAUAAAUGCUACACAUAAAUGAAGUUUACGUAC